AUGGCCAGGCCAAGGUCACCUGCACUCGCUUUGAUGUCGUGCCAGGGUCGAGUGCGUGGACUGGUGGUGCUAUGGAUGGUUCAAGUUGACGGGCAGCCAAGAUAUCGCGACUGGCAAAUUGAGGUGUCUAGUAGUGCGCCUUGUGUUCGUCCUGACUUGGGACGAACUUCCACUUGUAACGCGCACAUUCCCGUUGCUCUGGAUCUUGAUGGGCCCCAAUCGAUGCGAUACUAUCGAGUCCACCCAAAUAAAGACAGAUGGAGAAAAAGGCUCACAGUAGGGUCGUUCAAUGUCGCGCUUCUGCACCAGAGGCACAGAUACAACUCCAAGUUUCUAAUUCCUACUGGGCAGACGCGCGAUGCUCCCCAACACUGUGAGGGGAAGAAGGCAUGCAUGUGCAGCAGACGUGAGGUCUUGGAGGAGCCAGAGGGCUAUGCGGACUGCGGAGGUGCUGAAAAUGCGGUGGACCAGCAUAUCGAGACGGCCUCUUACUGGCUGGACGCACGCUGGCUGUAUGCCGAGCUUUUCCUGUUGUGGUUCCCUUGCCAGGCCCCGGCUUAUGCCAUCAAAUGA